AUGAUUAUGUCACUCAUUGUGCCUGAUGAACCAAAAAUAGAGGAAAUUAUCACCGCUGCAAGACAACAGACAACCAAAUGUAAAAUCCCAUUAAUAUCCACAUCUGGAAAUCAAAGAACGAAACCUAUGAAUAACAUUGAAAAUACGAUCGUGACUAAUUCUCGUCCUCGAUCAACUAAUCGAACAAGAGAUCAGGGCAUGGUUCCUGGAAGGACACUACAUACUAUUCCCAUGCUAAGAAUACGACCAGAGCGUGAAAAAUUAUUGCCAGCACUGAAGAGACCUUCUACGAUACCUAAGCGGGUGACGAACGAAAAUAAAUCAGGACGUUCGGUUAUAACUGUUCCAGUUCCUCAGAGGAAUUCUUCAAAAUCAAAUCCAUUAAGAUUCCUUGGACUCCCGACACAGAAUAACAUAAUGAAGCAAGAAGAACUUGAAAUUCAACAAAACCAAACUGAGGGAUGCUUGUGUGAAGAUUUAAACGAACAAGAAUCAAUAACAUCUGAAAGUCACAAAAUCACUAAACUUAAAACUGUUUGGCAAGAAAAAAUGAUGACUUUUGAAAAAUCAAAAAAAGAACUUGAAGAUCGUCAGAACCAAGUAAUGGAAUUGUACGCGUCUUUGCGAAAUACUCACCGUAAGAUGAAAUUAUUAGGUCAGAAAGUUAAUUUACCGUCAGCAGAAGAGCUACAUAUCAUGAACGUUGCCAAAUUAAGUCCAGAACAAUUGUUACAGCUGUGCGCUGGAGGCGAACCCAAGGCACUAGAGCACAGUACGCUAGAUAACAAAGUAACAUUUGAUGUGAAUAAAUUACUUAAUAUACCCAACAGUCUGGUUGAUAAAUGUGAAGAAACAUUGUUUAAAAGAAAAGAGAUUAUUAAUUGGUUCGAAUCUCUGAUGUCACAGGAAAAGGGAAUAAGUACGAAGACUCUUACCAUGAAAAUUAAAGAAUUUAAUGCAGAAAAUGAUUUGUUAAAAUCUUCCUUGGACCAGCUAAGAACAGACUUUUUAAAAGAAAUAAACGACAUCAUCGAUUGUUUAAGAAAAAACGCUAACGAAACAAUGGCCCUUCAAUUACGGACGAAGGAAUUGUCAUGUGCUCUAUCCGACUUGAACACUCAAAACGCAGAAAUGAGGAAACAAAUACAUAGCGGCGAUCAUCAUAGACCGUAUGUUAAUAGAAACAAAAUUGAGGAACUAGAGAAAGAAUUGAAAGAGGAGAAAUAUAAGAAAUCGAUUAUGAAGGACCGUUUAUCUAGGACUGAACAUCAGUUAAAAACAAAUGUGGAACGUGUCGUUCAAUUAGAAGCGGCUCUAGAACAAGCUCGUUCUGAGUCUUGGAGUCUUGAACGUACGGUUCAACAGCAACAUCAGCAGAAUCAGAAGCUGCAAGAAGACUUUGAUCAAGAAUUGAACAAACUAACGCAAUCCAUUAAGGAUAACACCACGCAUUUGGAAGAUAUAGCUCUAGCACGAGAGAAAUUACAAUCAGAGAAAGAAGAAGUAGAAAAACGUCUUGAAGAAUUGUCAGCGUCGUAUAACAAAUCUAUAAAAGACAUGAAGCAUGAAAUGAAUCUGAACAUCGCAAAACUUAUAGAGAUUGAAAAAAAAUACAAUGAUUCCAUUGAAGAGAAAAAGACUUUGCAAGAAAAUAUCGAUGAUUUGCGCACUGAUCUUCUUGAGUCUGAAUUGCGUGUUAAAGAUUUAGUCAGAGAAUUAGACGAAAAGGAAUCCAUUUUAGAAACUAAGCAGUGUGUCCAGAAAGAGCUAGAAUCAACCAAAACUGAUCUGAAGCAUCGAAAAACAGAAAUAGAAGAAUUCAAACGCCUUCUUUUUGAAAAAGAUGAAGAAAUUGACGAAUUGAAGUCGAAACUUAGCACAGAAAAAGCGAUAAAAGAUAUUUUAGAAAAAAAGGACGAACUGCUUGCUGAACAAAAAGAAAAACAACAAGAGCUAAAAGAAAAGUUAAAAGAAAGGGAAUCGCAAAUGAAAUCAUACUACGAAGAGCUAAUGAACCUCAAAAAUCAAAUAACUCAGUUGCGGGAGUUUGGUGCAUUUGAUAAUUUAAAUGAUGUUUGUAACAUGAUUAAUCAACAAAGAGACAAGUUGUUUGAGCUAACUAAACAGCAAGAAGAAUACGACGAAAAGCUGCAGACAAAAGAAAACGAAGUUAAAAGGCUUGUAGAGAGCAUGACUGAACAAGAACACGUAUUGAAUAAAAAAGAGGAAGUAAUCAAAAUGUUAAAUGAAAAGGAAGAAGAACAUAUGAACAUAAUAAAUCUUCUCCAUAACAAGCUAGAAUUGAGAAAUGAGACUGAUAUUGAUCAUCGUCAUCAACUAAUAGAAAAAUCUGCCGAAAUAAAUACUUUGAUAAAUAGUGUUGAGUCAAGAAAAAAACAUAUAAUAGAACUUGAAAAUAUUAUUUUGGCUCAAGAAGAACAAAUAAGGAAAGCAUCACUGCGCAGAAAAAAGGAUCAAGACAAAAUUAAUAUGUUUGAGAAGAGGAUUGCCGAUUUAGAAUCACGGCAAACAGAAAUGAAUUUUAAUAAUCAGGAAACUCCGGAAAAUUUGGAUAAUUUGAUUAAAAUUCUUGAAGAUGAACUAGACACUCCAUUUGCUACUAAUGUUGAAGUGAAUUCAAAACUAGGUGUAAAUCAUUUUACAACACAAUCGAAAAACUACAAAAAAAAUAAAAGCAAUCGUCAAACAUCGACCGACUUAGAAAAAAAUGAUUUUGCGCCCGUAAAAAUUGUUAUGGGCAGUUCCAAUAAAAACACUCGUAGGCCAAACGGGAUUGAGUAUUUUAAAGGGGACCAUUUUCUUUUGAAGAAGGCUAUACGAAGUACUAACAAUCGCGAAUGGAUCGGACCUAAUGACGCUAGUGUUUGUUCUACUUCUACGACCGCAACGAUGAAUACAUCAUUAAAAGGCCUACCUUACUCGACGAAAGAAAACUUGCCAAUAAAUCAUCUAACGUCACGGCCAUGUACCGAUGAGAUAAGAAGUAAGAUGUUUAAAUUUGCUGGACACAGAAUAUAG